AUGUUUUUCUCCCUGUCUACAGUGACUGUUCUUGUACCACUGAUAUCUUUGUCUGGACUUUUUUACUCUGCAGCAGUGGAUGAAAAUUUCCCUCAAGGCUGUACGAGCGCAAGCAGCGUGUGUUUCUACAGCCUGCUGCUGCCAGUAACAAUUCCUGUCUAUGUUUUCUUUCACCUUUGGAAGUGGAUGGGAAUCAAGCUGUUUAGACACAAUUAAAACUGUAAAACGGUGAGACUGUUUAAACUGUAGGAACUUUUGUGAACAAUGCUUGCUUGUAAACAAACUGAACAUUCAUAUACUGAAUAAACAUUGAAGCAAAUGAUGUAAAAUGAAGAAGCACAAA